UCGGGGGCGGGGGUUGGGUUGAGGGCCGCGCUGGUUCGAAAUUGAAUCCAAUUCGACCGGGACGUCGCGCCUGAGAACUAGGAAGAAUUGCUGUUGCUGCCAAGUUGGAGACGCAUGUUUUCACCUCUCCUUCAAUUCCCUCUUUUUCGAUCGGAGCUGAGAAUUUGAUUUGUAUUGUCUUCCUCUGUCUAAGGCUCCACAGUCCCCAUUGAAGCUGCGAUAUGUCUCCAAUGGGAGCUGUGAGAUUGGAACUUCGAUGUCCGCAACAAGUUCAUGGAAUUGCGUUGGACCCCGAACCCAACUGGAACUUCGAUUCCCUAUUAUCGGAGCUCAAUUCGCUGGAGACGGAACACUACGCCUCUUCGACAGUUCCCAUUCCUUUUGUCAAAACAAACCCUCGGGAUCUUUCCAACGGGCAGACUGUGAAUAGGAGAGGGAAAGCCUUUGUGAUGCGCGUGUCUGAUGAUGAUGGGGCAGAAGAUUUUGAAAUUGAGGGUGGGGAUUUAAAUCAUCAAAGUAUUGUGGUGAAACGAUUCCAUUGUGAUGAUCUGUAUUUGAGUGAUGAGUCUGACAGUGAGUUGGGCUUUGAAGAACAGUCCGACUUGAUGGAUCGGAUGGGUGUAGUGGAAGGUUCUCUGUUUGAGCUGAACCAUGAUUAUCAACUCGGAAUAAAGGAAGAAAUUAGGAACCAAACCUUGGAAUUGGUGGCGGAGCUGACGAGGGAAAGUGAGAAAUCUUCUUCUGCAUUCGCCCGUGUUGAUAAAUAUAGACAAGCACGGCAGGAAAUGGAUAGGAAACUUGAUACUCAAUAUCAACGCAAAAUUGCUGAAGCGCUUGAUAACCACUUGACGGCUGUUCAGCGAGAUCAUGAACUCAGAUCACAAAUGGAAGAGAGGAGAAUAAGAAGUGAAGCAGCUCAUGAAGAGGCAAAGAGAAAAGAGAAGGCUCUAAAAGAAGAAAAGUUGCGCCAAGAAAAAGCUAAAGCAGAAGCAGAGGCCAAACAUCGAGCUGAAGAAACAAGACUGGCUGCUUUGGAAGCUGAGAGGAGAGUAGCAAAAGAAGCUGCAGAAAAGGAAGCUGCUGAAGCCUCUAAAAGGGGCACAUCUCUGUCAGAAGUGAAAGCUUCAGGACAUCAAGUCGAUUCCAGAUCAGGAAAUUCAAAUCCUGAGAAUCGGGGAUCUGGAUCUACUAGAUCCAAGCAAUCAACUGGUAACAUAGUAAAAGCUGCAGACAGUGCUCUUCUUCUUGAGCAGGGUAGAUUUCAAAAGCUUAAAGAGUUGGAUGAAAGAAACCAGUCACUAAUAUCCAAUUCCAAUUCGGAUUUCAGCAGAUACGAAGGGCUUAUUGCUAGGUUGAUAAGACAAAUAAGGGGGACCAAGGAGAAUGUCAGUGUUAAACAAAGUGAACUUGUAAAUAUUAUGAAUAAUCCAUUAUGCCCGCAAUCUAUAAGCGUUGCGACAUUUGCAAAGAAGAUUGUCUCGCGCUGUCAAAGCCCCGACGAUAGUACCGCUUUUGCAUGUGCUCGUGUGAUUGUUCAUGUCGUCUCAAAGGUUCCACAGGCCUUGGAUCCCAUCCUAGCUGAGUUCCAUAGAGCUUGCAUAUACACUGUUCCAAAGCAUUUAUUUAACUCAGAGACUGCAUUUAAAUCGAAAGAGGCUUACUACAAAGCCAUUGGAUAUUGCGAAAACGAUGGCAAGAUAGAGAGUUCCAAGGAUUAUUUGAGACGAUUAGAGUCUUACAUGAAACUGUACGGGGCACUAGUCCAGACAGAAGUUGAGGGUGUCCAGAACCCUCAUGGCAUCAAAGAAGGAUGGGCCUGGCUUGCAAGGUUCUUGAAUUGUCUUCCUGCUAAUAUGUAUACUGGUGUCGCACUAAAUGCAUUUCUCCAGACAGCUGGAUUUAGUCUGUUCCGGAAUUACAAAUCUCAGUUCAGGAAGUUGCUUCGCAUAAUUUCUGACCACUUUCUAAAUGCACUGCGAGCACGAAACGAUUCUGACAUGAAUUUGCUAAUUUCAAAUAUUAGUGUUUACAUAGAAGACUCUAAGUUCCUUCAGGAGCCAGAAGGAAGGAGUCUGCAACAGGAUUUGUUAUCUAGCAAGUGGAUGCCUUGACUCUCGUGACCAUAGUUCUUACAAUCAGCCACCAGACCACUCAUGCACUCGGACAUUAGGUAGAUUUUUCUCUUAUAAUAAAGUUAUUGGUAGAUGAUUUAUUUAACUCUUGUUUGUUUUUUAUUGGCAGUAGGAGAAAAUGCCUUUGUGCUCUGCCUCUGUCUGGUAUGUUUGUAUUGUAGUUGUUGGAACUGAUACACAUUGAAGAAAUGGAACUUUUAUUUGUUAGGCAAGACAUUUGACGGUCUUGGAUUCAAUUCUCACGUCCAGCUGAUUAUGGUUUUUAGGUAUGGGACCGCUAUGUGAGCAGAAAAUUCACAUUUGUCCAGCCUUAAAUUUACAUUUGAUUGUUCAUUUGUAGUGCUAAAAACAUUAUUUAGUUUGCAAUCCUCAAAGAUUGAUUGAAAUUGACUUGGAGCUGUUAUGCCAGGAAGCAACAAGCAAAAGCAAGUCCCCUCA